AUGAGCGACGAAGAUGAGACAGAUCAGGUGAGCAUCGAAGAGGACGAGGGGGAACAGGAAGCAAAGCCCGACGAGGAAGAGCAGGAGGAGCAGGAGGAGCAGGAAGCUCCCGAGGAGCAGGAAGCUCCCGAAGCGCAGGAGGCUCCCGAAGAGCAGGAAGCUCCAGAAGCGCAGGAAGAUGAGCAGGAUGAGCAGCAAGAAGAGCAGCAGGAAGAGCAGGAGGAAGAGCAGCAGAUGACAGACGUUGCAGAUGGCUCCAUGGCCACGGAACUACCAGCCCCUUCACUGAGCCUGGUUCCUGGAGAUGCAGUCAGGCUGAAGGAUCUGCAGUCCGACACGUCAAUGAAUUCCCGGGUGGGCCGUUUCAUCCGACUGGAGACCGAGGAAGACGGUGGACGCUUCCUGGUCGACCUGGGGCCGAAGGGCACCGUGCGCGUGCGUGAGGCAAACAUCGAGAAGGUUGAUGAAUCUACUCGGAAGAGCGCGCGUCUGGCGCAAGCAAGACAAACCGGCAGGCGGAAGCCGGCGACGCCAAAGAAGUCCGCUCGUGGAAAGGCCAAAGCCGAGCCGAAAGCUCCAAAGCCGACGGCCGUCAAGAAAGGCAGCACCAAAAACGCCAGCGCAGCGAAAGGGAAGACAGCGGCUGCGACAGGAAAGAACUCGCAAGCCGAGUCAACGACUCUGUUCAUGGUGAACGAGUAUCGUAUCCGCUCCGACCCCUCCCUGGAGGUCCAGGACUCCUCCUCAAAGUGGAGGCCAUGCCACCUCUACGAGCACUUCGGGGACGGCCGCAUCGUGAUCUGGUACGGUGGCAACGAGUACGAGGGUUUGGGAGGCAAGCCGUACAAGCUGAAGGGCGUGAGCGAAGGGAGCAUCUUCAAGGGCCAGCCUGGCCAGCUUCUGGACUCGGAUGGAGAGCGAAUUCCGACCCGAAAGAGGCCAAUGCGCUGA